UCGAUCCUGCAAACGCUCCAGUCCGUUCCAGUGGAGUUUAUGUCACUCCACUCUUUACCUCCAACACCGUUAGAUCAAUGAAUUCGCGUACCCAUCUCUUCUCUCUCACUGGUCUCCCACAGUGAACCACUGGACAGCUCCCGUUACGAGUAUCCGGAGCCUGCAUGUCCUUUCCCAAGUCUUGGGGAUUUCUACCGCGUUACGCUUGGAGCCCUUGCGCAGAAAAAGAUGGAGAACUAACGGUUUUAGUUGUUGCUUCAUAACUUGGAAACUUAUCACCGCAGUACCUGCUUUUUGUUGCUAUUGUAUUGGGAGAUUUUUUUGGGGGGAGCAACCGGUUCCAUACGCACGGCGUUAACGAACUGAUUCGUGCGUUGUGUGGUUUUAUAGAGAAGGAUUUUUUUGUGAUAGUGGGACUAGUGUCGCUCAGCGGUGAAGCGCAAUCAUGGAGGGAUCAUUUGGAUGUAUUUGCCUGAAAAUACUUUCGGUAUUUGUCUGGUUAUGCUAUCUCGCCGGCGAUUCAACAUCAUCUAGUGCAGAGACCUCAUCGUCAUCCCCGUCCCAGACAGGCCAGGUGUUCGUGGACUUCAUCUUGGUUCUGGAACCCCAGGACACGGUGACGUUACGGGGCGGUGUUCUCCAGCUGGACUGUGAGGCUCAGUCAGACCAGGGUAUUCCAGUCAUCGUCUGGAAGAAGGACGGGUUGUUGCUCAGCGCCGUGGUGGAUGAGAGAAGACAGCAGUUCCCUAACGGGUCUCUAGUGGUCCAGAACGUGGUUCACUCACGACACCACCGACCUGACGAGGGGCUCUACCAGUGUCUGGCAGCGCUAGAGGGAGUGGGUGCCAUUGUCAGUCGGACGGCUAAAGUCACUGUCUCUGGUAAGACCUUACUUACUUAAUCCUGUAAACAAUGACUAAUGUCCUCCAUUUCAGUCGGUUCGGGGGAAGUUUUUUAUAGGUUGCACUUGUUGAGGGUCGUGAGAGCUAUGGUAUGUAUAAUCCUAAUCAAGAGGGGAUUUCAUACAGUAGGUAAUAGAGAGAGGAAAGGGGGAUACCUAGUCAGUUGUACAACCCAAAUGCCUUCAAAUGAAAUGCGCCUUCUGCAUUUAACCCAACCCCUCUGAAUAUAAAGCUAUUGUGAGUAUUUUCAUCUUAUAUCCAGUUUUGUAUUGGUUUCUUGUGGGACAUCUCAAAUUAUUUCUAGGGCCUUAUUUCUAGUGUCCUUGUUUCCAGGGCCCUUCUUUCCAGGGCCUUAUUUCUAGUGCCCUUGUGUCUUUGGCCCUUCUUUACAGGGCCUUACUUCUAGGGCCCUUCUUUCUGGGGACCUCAUAGCUAGGGGUUUUCCUUAACACCACAAGACGUACAUUCUUCCCUUCCUAUUCCUCAUCU